AUGGAUCACCUGAGAGCUCAGCUGGAUACAGCUCAAGGAUCUUGUCAACGUCACUCACGAAACUUGUGUACAGACAUCUUGCAUGACAAUGGGGAGGGAAAGAAACGACUGGUAAAGGCGUUCAAUGGAGGUGGACCACCUAAAAUUAGCAGAAUUACCGAAAGAGAUCAUACCGUAUUACACAGGAAUCUAUUAUUAUUAUUAUUAUUAUUAUUAUUAUUAUUAUUAUUAUUAUUAUUAUUAUUAUUAUUAUUAUUAUUAUUAUUAUUAUUAUUAUUAUUAUUAUUAUUAUUACUAUUAUCAUUACUGCUAUUGUUGUUCAAAUAUUAA